AUGGAAUCUGUACUUGUAAUGCUUCAACACAAUACAACAUAUUUAAAACUACUGGAAUCAAUAUAUAAUGAGCUGAAAUUGAACCUACAAGAACAAAAAAUUGAUAUCAAGUAUCAAGUUAAGGUUCAAUAUCCACCAUUAAAGAUUGUUGAUGAUUCGAGCUUCAAGUUUUACAUGGAAAUCAAGAAAAAUGAGAAAGACUUCACCAUAAAUGGACACAGAUACAUCUCCGAUAAACAGAUAGCAUACAGCUGCGAUACUUACUCAAAAAUAAGAAAGUAUGCUACUCUUCUUGCAAAGGACAGUGUUGAAACCAGCAACAUCAAGGAAAAAGAAAUAGACACAGAGGACAAGGAUGUACAAAUAGUGAGUGAUCCAGUACAAGAAAUUGAAUUGAAGGUUGGUCAAUCUUUCAAAAACAAGGCAGUUCUACAAACAUACAUGAGAUUUCAUGCAAUCCGUCAUCACUAUCAACAAAGGACACUAAAAUCAUGUCAAAGACAGCUUCUACUCAGGUGUAUCAAUGACACAUGCAAUUGGUAUCUGAAAGCUUCAAGCAGUGGAAAAACAAAUUUGUUCAUCAUUCGGAAUCUGAACAUGAAACACACAUGUCCUGUCGAUACAAGAUUUAACAGUCAAAGGCAAGCUUCAUCAUCGCACAUUGCUGAAUCCAUCAAGCAUAAAUUUCUUAAUGUUAAAUCAAAAUACACACCUACAGAUAUCAAAAAUGAUUUAGAGAUGAUCGAUGGGGUCAAGAUCAGCUAUAUGAUGGCUUAUAGAUCAAGAGAAAAGGCAUUCGAAAUGCUACGGGGCAAGCCAUCAGAAUCUUACAAGUUCCUACCAACGUUUCUAUAUAUGCAAGCAACGACAAAUCCAGGAACAUUAAUAGACAUCGAGGUAUCAGAAGACGAUUGCUUUUUAUAUGCUUUUACUGCUUUAAAUGCCGCAAUUAAAGGAUGGCAGCACUGCAGCCCCAUUAUGAUUGUUGACGGAACGUUCUUGAAAGCGGCAUAUGGCGGCACCCUUCUAGUUGCAACAGCCCAAGAUGCUGCAGGAAAGCUUUUUCCUUUAGCUUUUGCUAUUGUAGAUUCAGAAAAUGACAAAUCGUGGGAGUAUUUUUUCACACAAAUAAGAAAUGCAUUUGGCUGGAGAGAAGGUAUGUGUAUUGUAUCAGAUAGGCAUCUGAGCAUUGAUAAAGCUGCAGCGAAGGUUUAUCUAGAGGCUCAACAUUGUGUUUGCAUGUUUCACCUUCUGAAUAACAUCAAGAUGAAUUUCAAGAAAAAUGCAAAAAAUAUUAAAGAGCCAUUCUUUGCAGCAGCAAAAGCAUACACGGAGAACGACUUCAAUUAUCACAUGAAGGAACUAGAUGAACUAGAUGCACGAAUCAGGCCGUAUCUUGAAGGUAUCGGUAACAAAAGAUGGUCGAGGUUCUACGCUGAGAACAACAGGUAUAAGACAAUGACGUCUAACCCAGCCAAGUCAUUAAAUGCCGCACUAGUUCAUGCAAGAGAGCUGCCAGUUGCAACGCUCCUUAUGCACUUACAUGAUCUCCAACAAGAAUACUCCUAUAAACAUAGAAACAUUGCCCUCAACACUAUUACAAGGAUGAUGAAAAAACAUGAAGAUGUGCUAGCAAGAAACUAUGUGAAUUCACUCAAGUUGCAGAUAAAGCCAACUACAAAUGAAAUGUUCACAGUGAUGAGUAAUGGCGACAAAUACACAGUAGACAUGAAGAAAAGGACAUGCACUUGCAAAAGAUUUGAAACUGAUGAAAUACCAUGCCAACAUGCAGUCGUAAUUCUCAAUGAAAUGAACCGGGAUCCGUAUCAGUUUUGUUCAAAAUACUACAUGAAAGAAGCUAUGCUAGCAACAUAUAGUGAGACGGUAUUUCCAAUGGAAAAACAAGAUCAGUGGGUUAUACCACAAGAAGUACAAGACAUGAUUGUAUUACCGCCGCUACACAAGACAAAAAGCGGAAGGCCAAAAAAGCAAAGGUAUACAUCUAAAUGGGAAAAUAACAAGAAUACAAAGUGUACUAGAUGUGGAAAAAAAGGACACAAUCGAAAAACUUGUAGAAACGCGCCGAAAAGAAUCAAAAUACAGCAUGUAGUCAACAAAAACUUGUUUUAA